AUGAAAAAGCUGGAGAGCGUCAGCAAGCGUCUACAGGCUAGCGGUGGAAGUAAGCCCGAAGCUUCGCUACUCAACGUUCGCUGCCUUUUCGAUGCAGUCGUCAAGGAGUUUCCAGCAACAGCAAAGUUUUUAACGGCUGGUGCGAACGUCGUUAAGGCUCCUCACUUCGAGAAUGCUGUAGUUAAAGUGCUGUCCAAGAAAGAGUCCAAGUUGAAGCAAACCGAGAUUCAGGCUAUAAGUCGCCUGGUAGACACGCACGGCAACGACCGUGAAGAUGCAGACGAAAAUGUCGAUCAAUCCUUUGCUGAUCGUGCACUUCGUGAUACGACCCAACUGCAUCAUUCUCGCUAUAUUUCCCUGGACUGGAUUCCUUCAACCUCUAAUGAAGUAGAGAGACUCUUCUCACGGGCAGGCCUGGUGCUUACUGUUAAUCGGCGGGCGAUGCACCCAACCACGCUGGAGACGCUUCUCUUCCUCGAGUAUAAUCGUAUUUUGUGGGGCCCCCAGCUUGUUGCAUCUGCCGUUCAGCAGGUAUAG